AUGUCGUUUUUGGGAAAAGUACCGAAAUCUAGCCCCGACUUGGGGAUUCACCUCGACAGCGAUACAUACGUUCCUGGUGACACCAUUACUGGGCUUGUAUAUCGAAAAGCGCAUAUCGUGAGCCCAGACUCAUCACUGACUGUGUCCCUUAUCGGAACAGCGAAUACAAGUCAACAGACCAUAUUUAAGGGACCUUUGCACAUCGAGAACUGUGGUCAUAAGGAAUGGAUAUUCAAUAUACCUGUUCCACUAUAUACCGACCCAAAAAUCAACAAUGUCAGACAAGCUUUAAGCUUCAUUCCUCCUGAUACGACAGACCACGAACUGCCUCCGUCGUAUAUCCUUGGCGACGGGGGAGAAAAGGAAACAUCGGCAUGCAUCCAGUAUUUUAUCGAAGCCAAACUCACAGUCGAAGGUCAUGGAAAGAGCGAAGUUUUAGAGGCUAUAUUUCCAUUCAAGAUCAUACAAUUGACGCCAGAUGCUCCUAUCGCCAACUUUGGAUCCAGACGAAUCCGCUAUCCACGAAAAAUCUCAAGUCAGAGGCUUGUGUCAGCAUCUGAAGACGUGAGGUUGUCUUCGCUACAAAAGAUUAGGAAGCACUUCUUUUCAUCAGACCCUGACCUAGUAUUUGACGUUUUUGUUGACGUCCCAAGGAUCAUCCAACUUGACAACCCAACGCCUAUACCGAUCAAGCUUCUCGUGGCACCAAACUGGCAAAAAACAAGUCCUGUAAUUCAGAAUGUUGCACAAGAGGUCAAACUUACAACCGUACACGUUUGGAUAGUCACAGAAACAUCACUCAACGGAAGUUUUGGAGGACGAAGAACAGAAGUUGACCUUGGAGUUGUCCAAGCUCUCAACAGACUCAAGACGAACCUUCGAAUACCCUUCACACGUCAAUGGGAGCCUAUCGAUGUCGGAGAAUUGUCAGGCCUGCGAAUAGGUCUAAAAGAUACAGGAUUUCCGCAAGAAUGGAGUUUUGCACAGACGGGGUUUACGCAUUCAUUUUGUACAUAUAAUAUCAUGGUUACGCAUGCAAUUGCAUGGUGGAUUCAGGGUGAAAUUGCGGGAGUCAGGUUUGAUGUGGGUGGAGAGGCGGAUUUGUUGAUACUAAGACCGAGUGAUGAUCGAGUACGGCCUGAGGUGGUGGAGAGUGAAAUUAGUAGGACGGCAGAGGCUGAGAUACAACACGAUGAAUCGUGGAUGAGACCACCUGUAGAAGAGGCAGUACCGGCAUACAGAAAGAUCGACGGUACUUGA